CACGUGCGUCCUUCUCCAGCAGAAUAACAGAGAAAAAACACCGUAAGAGACGAGACGCGCACGAGAAGCAGCCUCACGUUCAUCUUACUGACAAACUCCAGGAAACAUCAUGACCACCGCUGACAGGCUGCUGGAGCAGAUGUUCUCCUGGAUCGACCAGAGGAGUCUCUGUGCGGACCAACUGGUCAAACUGGCCCGGGAGCUCGAGUCCCUCAGGAAGAAAUGCAAAGCUGGUGAAGUUGUGGGCAGCUCGGUGGCUGUGGUGGGGGCUGCGUGUGUGAUCGGCGCCGGCGUCACCCUCCUCACCGGCGGAGCAGCUGCUCCAUUUUUAGGUUUGUUGGGAACAACAUAUUUAGGAGCUGGUGCCGUCGUCUCUGUGGCCACGAAACUCAUCGAGCACUUCCUGUCCAGCAGCACCAUGAAGGAUGCACAGGAAAUCGAAGAGAAAAGCAACCAAUUAGCAGAAGACAUUCAGCGACUGUUCAAGAAACUAAAGUCAGAGAAGAAGAAGGCGAACAAAUUCGCCGACCCAGACGAUUUGGACAAACACAUCCUGACGGACAUCCUGAGAGCUGUGGCAAAACGAAGUGGAGUGAAGAUGAACAUCAACUUCAGAAUGAUCGCCGACGAUCCGAAUUGGUCUGUUGGUGGAGGACAACAUGUCACAAGGUUCAGUCCCGGCCUCAACCUUCCGAUUCUGGAGAGCGUCACUGGAGUUUUAGGGUUUUUCACGCUCUCGUCUAUCGGGAACCAAUCUAAGUUUCUAUUUGAUAAAGGAAGUCAGCAGCUGAUCAAGAAAAUAUCUGUGACUGGAAUGAAAACAGUGCUCAAAGGAGGCGGCAUGCUGGUGGGAGGAGCUAUUGGAAUGGCGUUUGCGCUUAAUGAGGCGAUCGACAGCUGGACAGAUCUGAUCAAGAACAACAACGUGACUGAAGCCAGCCAAUCCCUGCGAGACACAGCCGAAGCAAUCCGAAAGAUCUCACAGGCCCUGAAGGAUCAGUUUAAAGAUAUGAAGCAGAUGCUCGAGAAGAUGGAAGAAGAACAGUGCGAGCAGGCGAAGGUUAAACGCAUUAUUGAAAACCCAUACAGAAGCGCUGUAGACGAGAGAGAAUUAUUAAGGUAUGCCAUGAAUAGAUCCCCGAACAAAGAGGUGCAAGAAUGGCUGAGGGAGAAUCCAGGGACGGAGACUUUCAUCAAACUUGUGGAUUUGUUUCGAUUAAUGAAAAAUCAAAUCCUCGAGAAGUCAAAGAAGGACGAGUCUAAUUACGAAGAUACUGAAGUGGACAUCAUCUUUCUGGCUCACGGAUCGAUCACACAACCCAUGAUUCCAGCUUCCUGUCUCCGGCCCUGUUCCAACAUCCAAGACGUGCUCCUGUAUUCCCCCUGGAACUGUCUCCUCAAUGCUGAUGCAGCCUACGGCAUCGCUACAGGACUCAUGCAGCCUGGGCACAGAAACUUUAUCUGUGUUUCAGGAAGAGGCUGUAAAUGUUAUGAAAGACACUGGCCCGUGAAACUGCCACCUGGCUGGAACUCAAUGGAGAAAGCAGGACAGAUUCCCAACAUCAUGGUCAGUACUAUCACGGAUCCAGCAGAUCGUGCAUGGACGACUUUUGUCGAUCUAACAGAAACAUAUGGUUCACCAAAGAAAGGCCGCAUCGUUGUCCCGUUCAUCCUUGGUGGUUGGGCAGUAACCGUCCCGUUCUUCAUCGUCACCUGGGUCAUGUCUCUGGUGCUGUUUAUCUUCCAGAUCAAAGCCACCGUCCAUCUCGCCGCCUGUCUUGGUCAUGGAUCUACCUGCUGGAAGCUGCCCAGACACCUCCUGGAGAAUCAGUACUCCUACACUGUCGACAACACCGUGAUGACAGUGCAGCCCAUUCCGCCCAUCACCCACCCCUACCUGUACAGGAACCUACAGGCCAUAUUUGAUUAGACGGACAAAACUUCCACAUGUUCUGGAGAUGACAAGUUCUGUUCCAGAGAAAGUUUUGUCCAUGCCUCAAGCUGAACUGAGAGAUGAUUUCCAGUACCCGGAAUCGUGUUCACGAUCUACGAUCACUUUGAGAACUUCACAGUCGAUUAUUUUCCCCCCUCGACACAGAUGAGUUAUGAACGUUAGAAAUCAUAUUUACUGUGAUCUAACCCUGAAGUAGGGCGGCUGUGGCUGAGGGGUCGAGUGGUCGUCCUCCAACCAGAUGGUCGGCUGAUUGGAUCAAAUGUAAUAUGAUGAUGAUGAGUUGGGGUGUCUGACAUGGUCGCACCUGUAUUGGAAAAUUGUAUAAUCAUACUAUACUAUGUAUUAUGCAUGCUUAUGUAACCACACUUAUCUGUGCUUAUGCAUAUCACGUGUGACAGUUGUCUGUUGGUGACUCACUAGCUGCUGGUCUCUGGGAAUCCGGACAUCGGAGCCACUAAUCACUUUGCUGUCUCCUCCAGUCUUAUCUUCGGGGGUGUACUUCGCAUUUUCACACACACACAAUUUGCCUCAUACGCAAACACAUCACCUAAUAAACGUACACUUGAAAGACAAUCAGGGUUUUUAUGUCAGAAAAUGAUUUCCUCCACACACCUGAGCAACAGGUCCCUGGUUCAAUUCCCGACUGGACGGACCAGCGUUUCAUUUCUCUGACCUCAGUCAAGUAAACACAACAGCCAAUGCUAGGAUCACCUCCAGCAACCAACUCUGUGUCCCUGUGACCUUUGACCACUGAGACUCAUCAGUUCAUCCGAGUCUAAAUGUACAUUUGUACCAAAUUUGAAAGGAUUUUCUGAUCUCCUGCCCAAAAGAAAUAAUGGAAAGUAUGUACACGUACACGGUAAUCUGAUUACUUUCUGGCACGCAGACCCUGAUGUAUUUGUUUCCAAGCUGAACUGGUCCAACCUCUGAAGGAGCUGAACAUGAUCAGACACCUGCACGAUGAAGAGGUGAGGAAGACGUGUUUGUCACAUGUUCACGUGUCACACGGACUCAAACACCUCUGAAACUCAAAAGCAGAAUGGGAACACUGUCCGUACCCUGAACUAUCAAUAAUCACUUAUAUUGUUAUACAAUUUAAUAAUGAUCAAUUAUGAAAUCUGUUCAACCCAUGAAAGCUGAUAAUAAACAUGAAACUAAAACCAUGAA